GUCGACAUUUAUAGGGAGAGGACGGUCCCAUCCCGUCCCCGUCGUCCUCAAUCAAUCCCAAUUUGUCGCCUUAUGAUCUCAUAUUCGCCAUUGAUUAUCAGCUCCGACGCCCCAAUACAGUACUCUCAGAAGAACCCUAGAAAACGCCCUCCCCCCUUGCAUCCCCUAGCUCCGCGGUGUGCGGGGCCGUUCGAUCCUCUCGACUCGAUCAUCGUGGCCGGCGCGCACCGACCCACCCCUAAGACAGUGGCAGCAGCGGGGGUGAGUCGGUGAUUGAGUCAUACAAGACCCAAUGGAUCUUGAUCUAAGGGGUUGUGAGAAACUCCUUUGGUGGUUUCCUUCACUCGCAUAUGGCAGAGUUGGUCGGGCCGAGGUUGUAUAGUUGUUGCAACUGCCGUAACAAUGUUGCUCUCCACGAUGAUGUCAUAUCUAAAUCGUUUCAGGGGAGGAAUGGUCGGGCUUUCCUAUUCUCCCAUGCAAUGAACGUAAUGGUCGGGCCAAAGGAGGACAGGCAGCUCAUGACAGGCCUUCACACAGUUGCUGACGUUUACUGCAGCGAUUGUAACGAGGUCUUGGGCUGGAAGUACGAGAGGGCAUACGAGGAAACGCAGAAGUACAAGGAAGGGAAGUUCAUCCUUGAGAUGUCAAAGAUAGUGAGGGAGAAUUGGUAGCAGUAAAAAUGCUGUUAUUGGAGUUUCUUUGGGUGUUUGUUGGCUUCGGUGCUUCAAAGCCUCGAUAUUGUGCUCAAGAGGUGAAAGAGUAACUGUCAUUGCCUCCCGUGUGCUCUUUGUUUUCGAAUGUAAAUCUGUAUCCAAUUGAAUUGGAUGUGUUUAUAGAUUCCUGUACAGAUUCAUCUAGCACUUUCCUAUUCUCCAUGCUGCUGUUCUUGGAGUCUGUUCGAUGGCACGUCGUGCUAUGGAACGGGAUUAAUAUACGAAUUACAAUAAACAGAGAUUCCUCUGCA